AUGGCUUCCAUAAACGAAGAGAAAGACUGGAAGGAGAUGCAGCUAUUGCUUCAGGGGGAGCUCCAAAGGAUGUCAGACAAGCUCAGUAAGGACUUGCGGCACGAAGUAUCAAUGGUCCUGUCUCAGUGGCUGAGCAGCAGUCCUCCAGAGAGAAAGAGGCUUCCGAAGAAACCUACGGAGGAAGACAUCACUCCAGUCAGUCCUACUCAGAGUCAAAGCGUAACGUUUCAGAGAAGUGAGGCAUUGCUGCAGGCCUCACCAACUCUAUCCACGGCUCCGUUGACUGAAGAGUAUGACUUUGCUCGGAUGCGAAUGAAAGCUCGUACUUACGUGGGCACUGAUGGAAUUGCUGCUCCUCUUCCUUCUGGAAGCAUGACGAUGAUUGGCACACCAAAGAGCCAGUCGGGCAAACCAGGUUUUGGCUUCUCUCGUUCUGCCACCAUGGACGCUGCGGGUUUGGGUGCAAAGAUCGACGAGGAUGCUGAUGAAGGCCACAAGCAGGGGGAAAAGAAAAACUCCAGAGCCUUGAGUCAGCCCCGAAGUAUCUUUGUGCAUCACAUGAGCAGAUUCGCUCCGGAGACUGGAGGAUGCGAGGAAAUAGACGAAAAUGAGAAGGAGGAAGCCUCAAGUUUAUCCCGAUGGAGUUUUUUGCAGAAGAAGUGCCAAUGGCUUGUCAGCUUGGAGGCCUUCGACUAUAUUAUGGGUUUGGCAAUUUUCGCAAAUGCAAUUCUGAUGGGCAUUCAAGCAGAUCUUGCCGUUCAGAGUGCACGCACUGGUGCAAUGGAGCCACCAGCUGUGCGCGCAAUUGCCGUUGUCCUUGGUGUCAUCUUCACCAUUGAAUUGGUCCUGCGGAUAUUUGCCUACCGCUUGGAUUUCUUCACAAAACCUGGGUGGAAAUGGAAUGUCUUUGAUUUCACCCUCGUGUUCCUUCAGAUCAGUGAGGAAGUUGUGACUGCAGCUGCCUACACUGGGGCAGACAACUCGCGCUCUGUCAACCUCAGCUUCAUGCGGAUUUUGAGGGUGUUGCGUUUGGUUCGGAUUGUCCGGCUGGUUAGAGUCUUACGCCUUAUCCGUGAACUCAGGACCUUGGUGCAAUCGAUUGCCUCAACGAUGACAUCAUUGCUGUGGACAGUUGUCUUGCUUCUUUUGUUGAUUUUCGUUGUGGGCAUUUGCUUCACACAAGUUGUCGCCGACGUCGCUGCCGAGUCGCCGCAGCUCUUGCAGGAGGGAACGGACACCUUCGAGUUCUACGGAUCGCUCAUGAGAUCAGUCAUGUCGCUCUACCAAUCAAUCACAAGCGGAGUCAGCUGGAGGGAUGCAUCACUGCCGUUAGAGAGACAUUCAGCAGUCAUGGGUCUCGUCUUUGCCGUCUACAUUGCAUUUGCGGCGCUGGCAAUGCUGAACGUGAUCACAGGCGUCUUUGUCGAGUCUGCCAUGGCAAGCGCACGGGAGGAAAACACAGUCACAGUCGUGAGCCGCAUGCGAGAGAUUGUGGAACAGAUGAACAUUAACGAGUCUGGGCAGAUGACAUGGGAGCAGUUUGAAGGGCAGCUGGACAAUCCUGUGAUGGAGGCAUAUUUCAAGUCCAUUGACCUUAGCGUGACAGAAGCACGCAGCGGGCUCCUCAGUGAAUGCGAAUGCCAUGGCCGUUUGGGCCGCUUUAGCCACGAGAGCUUGCAGCUGUCAUCAUGUCUGCUGUUCACGGUUCACAUGAUCCUGGCUUCUUGA